AUGGUCGUUAAGGAAUUAUUCUCUAAAGAAUGGAAAGACCUUUACUGGGAGUUCAUAGAGGCAUGGCUGAAUAAUGAAAGUGGAAAUGCAGAUGCAUACACUGCCAGAGAUUGCUUGCUGAAAAUUACUAAUUAUGGCAAAUCACUUGUGACCGGACCAUUGACAUCAUUGUUUGAAUUGUCUCUUACUCUUCGAUCUUCAUCUCCAAGAUUAGUACUUUAUCAGCAAUUAGCAGAAGAGUCUCUUUCUUCACAUCCAUUAUCUGAUGACGUUAGCAGCAGUUAUAUGGAUGGAGGUGUAUCUGAAGUAAAUGAAGUGAAAGAAGACAAAAAGGCUGAUUCUUUGCUUGUAGGUGUCAAUCCGAGAAGUCCUGGAGGGAAGUGCUGUUGGGUAGACACUGGCGGGGCCCUGUUUUUUGAUGUCCAGGAGCUUUCAUCAUGGCUACAUAAUCCCCAAAAGGAUGGAGAUACAUUUCAGCAACCCGAACUUUUUGGUUUUGAUCAUCUUUACUUUGAAUCAUCUAUUGGAAGUCCAGUUGCUAUCUUAUAUGGAGCUCUUGGGACAGACUGCUUUAGGGAAUUUCAUAGGAGCUUGGUGGAAGCAGCCAAAGAGGGAAAAGUUAAGUAUGUUGUGAGGCCUGUGUUGCCUUCAGGGUGUGAAUCAAAAACUGGUUAUUGUGGAGCAACCGGGACAAAAGACCCCUUGAAUUUGGGUGGUUAUGGUGUAGAACUUGCAUUAAAGAACAUGGAAUAUAAGGCCAUGGAUGACAGUGAAAUAAAAAAAGGUGUGACUCUAGAAGAUCCUCAUACUGAAGAUUUAAGCCAAGAAGUUAGAGGGUUCAUCUUUUCUAAAAUUCUGGAAAGGAAACAGGAACUAACAUCUGAGAUAAUGGCUUUUAGGGAUUCUCUCUUGUCAUCAACAGUAUCUGAUACACUUAAUGUGUGGGAACUGAAGGAUUUAGGACAUCAAACUGUACAGAAGAUUGUAUAUGCAUCAGAUCCUCUCCACUCAAUGCAAGAAAUUAAUCAAAAUUUCCCUAGUGUUGUCUCUUACUUGUCUCGUAUGAAGCUCAAUGAUUCGAUCAAGGGUGAAAUACUUGCAAAUCAGCGAAUGAUCCCACCUGGCAAAUCCUUGAUGGCUCUAAAUGGGGCUUUAAUUGACAUUGACGAUUUAGACCUUUUUCUCUUACUCGACAUGGUCCACCAGGAGUUAUCUUUAGCUGAUCAAUAUACAAAACUGAAGAUUCCUUCAGCCACAGUUCGGAAGCUUCUUUCAACUCUGCCUCCUCCUGAAUCCAAUGCAUUUCGUGUUGAUUUCCGUUCAGACCACGUUCAGCACAUCAAUAACUUAGAGGUGGAUAGCCGGUGCAAGCAGUGGCGGAGUAACCUAAAUGAGCUUUUAAUGCCCGUCUUCCCUGGACAACAACGCUAUAUUCGCAAGAACCUGUUCCAUGCAGUCUAUGUGUUGGAUCCUGCCUCCAUUUGUGGACUUGAGACAAUUGAUACCAUUGUCACUUUGUUUGAGAAUAGUCUUCCAGUAAGGUUUGGAGUGAUAAUGUAUUCUAAAAAGUCGAUUGAGACACUUGAAACAAAUGGUGGAGAACCUUCUUCUCUUGAAAGUGAUGGUCAUGAGGAUCUCUCUAGCUUGACUAUACGCCUUUUCCAUCAUAUCAAAGAAAGUCAUGGGAUGCUGAAGGCUUUUGAAUUUCUCAGCAACGUAAACACAUUGCGCUUGGAGUCAGGGGAGGAAGAUGAACCCGUGUUGCACCAUGUAGAGGGGGCAUUUGUAGAAACACUAUUCAAGUUCUUGAGUGAUAUAAUAAUGUCUGUCACAUCUUCACUUUCUACACGGGAUCAAAGCUCCGAGAGUGCCCGGUUUGAAAUGCUGAGUUCAGAACACAGUGCCGUUGUUAUUGGUAGUGAGAAGUCUACCAUUCAUAUAGAUGCUGUUAUUGAUCCUCUGAGCUCUUCUGGUCAAAAAGUAUCUUCGCUUCUACGGAUACUGUGGAAAUGCACUCAACCAAGCAUGAGGCUUGUGUUCAACCCAAUGAGUUCCCUUGUUGAUCUUCCAUUGAAGAAUUACUACAGAUUUGUAACUCCUACAAUGGAAGAUUUCAGCAACCAUGACUUAACAGUACAUGGCCCUAAAGCAUUUUUUGCAAAUAUGCCACUUUCAAAAACCCUAACCAUGAAUCUCGAUGUUCCUGAAUCGUGGCUUGUUGAACCGCUGAUUGCAGUUCAUGAUCUUGACAAUAUAUUGCUCGAGAAUCUUGGUGACACAAGGACCCUGCAGGCGGUUUUUGAACUUGAAGCUCUUGUUCUUACUGGCCACUGUUCAGAGAAGGAUCAUGAACCUCCACGUGGCCUGCAAAUGAUACUUGGAACUAAAAAUAAUCCCCAUUUGGUUGACACUCUUGUGAUGGCCAAUUUGGGUUAUUGGCAAAUGAAAGUGUCACCCGGAAUUUGGUACCUUCAGCUGGCACCUGGUCGAAGCUCUGAUCUUUACACUCUGCAAGAUGGAUCAGAAAUGCGCCCAACAAAGCGCAUCACCAUAGACUACUUGCGAGGAAAACCCGUUCAUCUUGGAGUUGUGAAGAAAAAAGGAAAAGAACAUGAACAACUACUGGUUCCUUCUGAUGAUGAUUCUCCAAGAAAACAAGGUGAAAAGGAUACCUGGAAUUCUAAUAUUUUGAAAUGGGCAUCUUCGCUUAUUGGUGGCAAUGUGCAGUCAAAGAACAGUGGAAGCGCUAAAGUGGAUAAUAUAAACAGUGGGCGAAAGGAUAAAACAAUAAAUAUAUUCUCUAUUGCUUCUGGACACUUAUAUGAGCAGUUUCUGAAAAUCAUGAUUCUAAGUGUUCUGAAGAACACAGAACGCCCAGUGAAAUUCUGGUUUAUAAAGAAUUACCUUUCACCACAGUUUAAGGAUGUGAUUCCACAUAUGGCACGAGAAUAUGGUUUUGAGUAUGAAUUGGUUACAUAUAAAGGGCCUAGUUGGUUGCAUAAACAGAAAGAAAAACAACGAAUUAUUUGGGCAUAUAAAAUUCUUUUUCUUGACGUCAUUUUCCCCCUUUCUGUCGAGAAGGAUAUAUUUGUUGACGCGGAUCAGAUUAUUAGAGCUGACAUGGGAGAACUUUAUGACAUGAAUUUGAAAGGAAGACCUCUUGCUUAUACUCCAUUUUGUGACAACAAUCGGGAUAUGGAUGGUUUCUGAUUUUGGAAGCAAGGUUUUUGGAAGGAACACUUACGAGGAAGAGCAUAUCAUAUUAGUGCAUUGUAUGUAGUCGAUUUGAUCAAGUUUCGGGAAACUGCAGCUGGAGACAAUCUGAGGGUGUUCUAUGAAACACUUAGCAAAGAUCCAAACAGUCUCUCUAACCUUGAUCAGGAUCUGCCGAACUACGCACAACACACUGUACCCAUCUUUUCUCUUCCGCAAGAAUGGCUAUGGUGCGAGUCAUGGUGUGGCAACGCCACAAAAUCCCGUGCUAAAACCAUCGAUCUUUGCAACAAUCCAAUGACCAAGGAACCAAAACUGCAGGGUGCCAGAAGGAUUGUUACAGAGUGGCCAGAUCUUGAUCAGGAAGCAAGACAUUUCACCUCAAAAAUAUUAGGCGAAGAGGUGAGCCAAGUAGAGAAGGUUGUUAUCCCUGAGGCUCAACCACAAGUACCCGAAGAGGACCUAGAAACAAGAGCCGAGUUGUGAAUACUUAACCGUCAGGUGUUUAGCUUAAAAGGUGUUUUGAAACUGUCAACCCAUUUCAUUAAGAAGAACACAUUUGGUGGUCUUCAUGUUCUAACAGGACAUUUAGACAAGAUUUCGUUUCUAAAUGCAGGAAUGAUUUUCUGUCACCCAGAAAUCUAAUUAAGAAUUUAGAUAUUAUUAGAUUACAAAAAACAAAACUUGAUCAGUUUUGGUGGCAUUGGAUUGUAUACCCAAAUGUAGAAUUGAAUGUAUGUCAUGUUUUAAUGUUUUAUGAUAGAAUAAGACAGCUUUAUUGAGGUUGUACUAA